AUGCCGCCUCGAGAUACUAAGUUCAAGCUGAACACGGGCGCCGAGAUACCCGCCAUUGGGUUCGGGACCUGGCAGGACGAAGAAGCUCAGGAAAAGGCUGUUCUUGCGGCACUGCAGGCGGGAUACCGUCACAUCGACACGGCUGCCAUCUACGGCACGGAGGCAGCGGUGGGCAAGGCUAUCAAGAAGUCUGGCGUCCCGCGAGAGGAGAUCUUCAUCACCAGCAAGCUGUGGAACAACAAGCACAAGCCUGAGGAUGUCGAGAAGGCGAUCGAUGCCAGCCUGAAGAACCUGGGGAUCGACCAUCUCGAUCUAUUCCUGAUGCACUGGCCUGUCGCCUUUGCACCAGGGGACGAGCCUUUCCCCAAAGACGGCGCCGGAAAAAUGAAGACGGCAGACAUCGACUAUGUAGAUACAUACAAGGCGAUGGAGAAGCUGGUGCACGCCGGCAAGACCAAAGCCAUCGGAAUAUCCAACUUUUCCAAGGCUGAGACCGAACGGCUGCUGCAAAACACCACCAUCGUCCCGGCCGUUCACCAGCUGGAGCUCCACCCGUGGCUCCAGCAGCCGUCCUUCGUCGCCUACCUGAAGGCCAAGGGCAUCCAUGUCACGCAGUACUCGUCUCUCGGCAACCAGAACGAGACCUACCAGCAGGAUGGCAAGCUGCUCGAGGCGCCUGUCCUCACGGCCAUCGGGAAGAAGUAUAACAAGACACCACCGCAGGUCGCUCUCUCUAACCUGUCAGCCUGGGGAAUCAACGAGGGCCACUCGGUGCUGGUCAAGUCCAAGACGGAGGAACGCAUCAAGGCCAACUUCGAGUCCGACUUUGAGCUCGAGGCAGAGGACGUCCAGCUGCUGCAUGAGAUGGACAGGAAAAGGCGCUUCAACAACUCCAGCGAGGCUUUUAACUACAAGUUCUUCUCCGACCUCGACUAG